GCUGGAGGCGUGGAUCGGUGGGAGGCGUCAUAACUAAGCGUUGUAAGACAGGAACCACACAACCGAUGAUAUUAAUGCUCUUAACGUCAACGAGAGUCUGUGAGAGAGAGUUCAUCCAAAUCAUUACUGAUCAUGGACCCAAACACCAGUGGACUUGUGCAGAAGUUGGCUGAGGCGGGCCAGUCUCACCUCUUCCAGUUCUGGAAGGAGCUGAGCCCCAAAGACCAGCAGGAACUUUUCCAGGAUCUUCAGGGGAUAGACUUCCUGGAGAUCAACGGAUUCUUCAAGAGGGCCAUGGAGACGUCCAGCAGCACCAAACACGAGAAGAUGGACGAACGCAUGGAGCCGGUGCCCCGGGAGGUGCUAGGGAGUGUGACGAGGGACAGGGAGAGUCUGAAAGACUGGGAGGCCAAAGGUCUGGACUGCAUCGCUCAGAGUAAAGUGGCUGUCUUACUGCUGGCGGGGGGUCAGGGAACCAGACUUGGGUUCUCUUACCCCAAAGGCAUGUACGACGUCGGGCUGCCAUCCCACAAAACUCUCUUUCAGAUUCAAGCAGAGCGCAUUUUGAAGCUGCAGCAGCUGGCGGAGCAAAAGACAACAGUCAAAUGCUGUGUUCCCUGGUACAUCAUGACCAGCGGCAGGACGAUGGAAUCCACCAAGGACUUCUUCUCAAAGCAUAAAUACUUUGGUUUAGACAAGGACAAUGUAAUCUUCUUCCAGCAGGGCAUGCUGCCAGCAAUGGACUACAAUGGGAAGAUCAUCCUGGAGAGCAAGGGGAAGCUUUCCAUGGCUCCUGAUGGAAACGGGGGUCUUUACAGAGCUCUUGGGAACCAGGGAAUCCUGGACGACAUGCAGCGGAGGGGAGUCGAGUUCAUUCAUGUGUACUGCGUCGACAACAUCCUGGUCAAAGUGGCCGAUCCCACCUUCAUUGGGUUUUGUGUGCAGAAGGGAGCGGACUGCGGCGCUAAGGUGGUGGAGAAAACCAAUCCGACCGAGGCCGUGGGCGUAGUCUGUAAGGUGGACGGGCGUUACCAGGUGGUGGAGUACAGCGAGAUCACCCUGGCGACGGCUGAGAAGCGCAGCUCGGACGGCCGCCUGAUGUUCAACGCGGGAAACGUGGCCAACCACUUCUUCAGCUUCUCUUUCCUGCGAGACGUUGUGCAGAAAUAUGAGCCCCAGCUGCAGCACCACGUUGCCCAGAAGAAGAUCCCGUUUGUGGACGUUCACGGUCAGCUCAUCAAACCGGAGAAACCGAACGGGAUUAAAAUGGAAAAGUUUGUUUUCGACAUCUUCCAGUUUGCAAAGACGUUUGUGGUGUACGAGGUUCUGCGGGAGGACGAGUUCUCCCCGCUGAAGAACGCGGACACCCAGGACGGGAAGGACACGCCCACCACAGCCCGACACGCCCUCAUGUCCCUGCACCACCGCUGGGUCCUGAACGCCGGGGGCCACUUCAUCGACGAGAACGGCAGACGCGUGCCCGCCAUACCCAGAGACGGAGCAGCGGGCAGUGUCACAGAUGAUGGCAACAGAAACCUCAAGGACGGAACCGACCUUCCGAUCAAAUGCGAGAUCUCUCCGCUGGUCUCCUACGCGGGAGAGGGUCUCGAGAAGUUGGUGAAGGGACAAGAGUUUCAGGCGACCCUGAUGAUCGACGAGCGCGGCGUCCACGAGCUGGUGAAGAACGGCGUUUAAUCCAACCGAGGAGAGACACGGGAAAACAACCCAAAGAUCACCUCAUGCUUUUUGUUUUCCUGAGUUUGUUUGGAGAAACUGUGAUGCCAUCGCCGUGCAAUAACAAUCGUCUCCCAGAGAGCUUCUUGAAACUGUCUAAAGUGAAUGAGGCUAAUGAAGUACGCAGUCUUUUCUGUUUGUAUGCUGACGCCAUACUUUACCUUUCUUUCAUAGAGCACUUGAAUAGAUUGUGAAAUUAUGAAUGAAAUCCUUGUUGUCUGGACGAUGCAUUCGGCAAGUGCAUCUAUUUAUUUUGCUUAUGAGACUUAUUUUUAUACGUCCUGAUGAAUGCUGUUUAGGUGGACUUUACCAUCUAUUUAACUUGUAAUUUUUGUACAAGAAUAGGCUGAGAUGAAGUAAUCAGUACAUGUCAUGAGGAUACAUGGAUCGGGAUGUGGGGGGUAUUUAUAAUAUCUGCUUCUUUUAGUUGUGUAAUCAUUAAAGAUUAGAUGGAUACAAUGGCUUCUAUCUUUUACUAAAUGCACUUUCUACGUGGAAA